CGGCUACUUACAUCUCUACAUCCUCUGGCAUGACACUCGACGACAAAUACAUCGGCCUCUUACUCGCCUUCUCUGGUUCAAUCGCCAUUGGAACUAGUUUUAUCAUCACUAAGAAGGGUCUGAAUGAGGCUGGUGAGCGGUCGACGUAUGCCAACGCAUCAGACAACUAUCUAUACCUUAAAAAUCCGAUAUGGUGGGCUGGAAUGGCGAUAAUGGUUCUUGGUGAAGUCGCGAAUUUCGCUGCGUAUACGUUUGCUCCUCCAAUAUUAAUCACCCCACUUGGUGCACUCAGUGUAAUCAUCGGAGCGAUUCUCGCUUCUUUCCUUCUCGGAGAGGAACUUGGCCACCUCGGUCGCGUUGGAUGCACACUCUGUCUGCUUGGAUCCCUCAUCAUCGUUCUUCAUGCGCCAGACGACAAGGAUGUACAAACUGUGGAUGAAAUAUUGCACUAUGCUGUUCAACCCGGCUUUAUGAUGUACUGCUUUACUGUUCUCGUCUUCUGCCUUGUGAUGAUCUACGGGGUCGUCCCCCACUAUGGUCGCACGAAUCCCUUGGUGUACAUUUCUAUUUGCUCUCUUGCGGGUUCAAUUUCUAUCAUGGCUAUCAAGGGCUUUGGCAUUGCUCUGAAGCUCACACUAUCUGGCAACAACCAAUUCACACAUCCCAGUACAUAUGUUUUUGCCAUCGUCACCGCGGGCUGCAUCAUGGUCCAGAUGAAUUACUUCAACAAGGCUCUGGAUGUCUUCUCCACCAACGUUGUGAACCCGAUUUACUAUGUCGGCUUCUCGACGGCAACACUUGUCGCCUCCGUGAUAAUGUUCCAAGGAUUCAAUACAGACAACCCGGUGAACUCGAUUUCUCUCCUCGCCGGUUUUGUCAUCACCUUUCUCGGCGUACACCUCCUCGAAAUCUCACGGAAGCCGGCAAAUUACCACACCGCGAACGUACAUUCGGCCCUUGAGGGUGGCCUUAUGAACCCGAGACUGAGCAUUUCGGGGCGGAUGUCAAUAGACGGCUGGGAUGGCGCGGCGGGCACGCCCAUCGGUAGUGUGCCCCCACGCUCGGCCCCGGGGCAUCUACGCCGCAGCUUGGGGCAGCGCCAGGGCGCUUCGACGCUCUUUGACGCGUUCGAAGAAGAAGACGACGGCGCGGACAGCGUGGGGCUGGAACGUCUGCCCGAAGUGGAGGAGGAUUCCGAUGACGAGGUCGAUGAGCGGACUCGACUGCGUUCGGACGGGCUCCAGCACCACAGAGAGGGUUCGAGGAGUGCGAGUGGGUCGCCGGCCGUCGACUCGCGCAGAACGAUGCGGUAGAACGCCUGUAUACCUCCUAGGCCUGUCGUUCAAAAUGGACCUAUAUCGUAGAUUGGGAUAGUAUUUUUA